AUGAUAAGGAAUUUUUUUUUUUUUUUUUUAAUUUUAUUAAUAAUAAUAAUGAAAUUAAAUGUGAAUGCUCAACAAUUUAAAUUUACAGAUCUCACACCUUCAAAUAAUUCUUCUUUUACAGUUGUUGAUGGAAAUAUUUGCAAAACAACUAAAUUUUUUUUAGUAGAGGGUUUACAAGGUCAAACGGUUAACACUAUGGGAGAUGUAGAUUUUUUAAUAGGAGGUUUAAUACAAUGGACAAAUUCUUCUUUUAGUCUUUUUGAAUUUGAUAUUCAAUCUCCAAGAGGUAACAGUUUUUUCCAAUUUGUUGCAAAUAGUGGUACUGUUAUUGAUCCAUCAAUAGGAUAUUUUGAUUUAAAUUUAGAUUGUAAAGAGUUAAAUAUUUCAACUCUAUCAGUAGAUAUUAUUCAAGAUGUUAUAUGGAGUACUACUUUUAAAUAUUUUUCAGUUGUAAAAAUUAAAAACUUGCCAGAAAAUGUUGAAUUUACAUAUGAUUCACAAAUUGUAAAGGUAUAUAAAAUGGGUGGAAAUUUAUUCAGAAUAGUUUAUAAUGAAAAUUUCUAUUUGUUUCAAAAUCUUAAUACUUGGUCAAUUGAUUUUACAUUUUCAGUUUCAAAUAGUUUAAAAAUUAGUGUUCCUUUUAAAAAUAGAGGAAAUAUUGUAACGAAUGAAAUUUAUGAUUUAAAACUUUAUCCACCUUUAGGACAAUUUGUUUUAUAUUCAAAUAUACUUAGUUCACUUUUAUCGUUUAGAAUCAAAUCAAAUCUUCAAAAUCCAGUAUUUAGGUUGGGUACUUUAGGAUAUUAUUCAACACCAAGACCAAUUUUAGGUAAACCAAAUAAUUUAACAUUUAUUGCAACCUGUUUACCAAUUAAGGCUAAUGGUAUGGACUUUUCAUUAUAUGGACAAAAUGAAACACAACCAUCAUUUAAAGAAUUUUUCAAUUUUUUUGUUAAUAUAACAGAAAGCCCAAGAUUACAAACACCAAACUCAAAGUUAACUUCUAUCAAAGAUAAUUCAACUGUUGGUAUGGCAAUGGUUACAUCUGAGUAUAAUGGAACAGAAUUUAAAUUUGAUUUUAAUCCAUUUCAAUUAGAAUAUAAACAAACAUUUACUAUUACCGAUUUUCCAUUUGGCUUUAUUGGAGGAAAUAAUGAAAUGGUCAAAUUUGGAUUCUCUUUACCAGCUGAUUUAAUGUCAAUUUCACCUUUGAAUAUCUUAAACUUAUGUAUGCCAAGAUGUACUCAUAAAAUGAGAGGGGAUUUCGAACCAUUUAUUAUAUUACCCGACACCGAUGUUGGAAAACUUGAAAUCCAAUAUUUUACAUCAAUUUAUAUCGGGAAUCUAAAGUUUUUAAACCGAAUUGGAAUUAAAAGUACAGUUUCACCAAAUUUAUCUUCAGUUUCAUUUUUAGAAAUUAAAGAAACAAAGUAUAUUGUUUUGGAUAAUGGUAUGCUUGUUUCUGGUACCGCUUCUGAAGGUUUUUGGGAGUUUGUUACAGAAAUAAAAUUUGAUUUUGUUGAAUUAAGUAGUGCUAGCAUAAAAAAUACAAUAAAAAUUGUAGGCACCAAAGAUACUCGAAGUACAUAUGAAUUUGGUGACACGGUCUAUCAAAUUGGUAAUGAAUUUUCAAAACUUACAUAUCCAAGUAUUAAUUUAAAAAGUAAGAAAGUUCUAUUAAUUUUACACAUAAAAAACCACUAUUAUAAUUAUUUAAAUGAUUUAGUUCAGGUAUCAUUUUUAUAUAAUGACAUUGAUAUCACUGACCAAUCAGUUGAUAAUAUAAUGUUUUUUACAUUUAAUAAUAUUGAAGACUAUAAAGAUUUGUCAAUUGGUUUUUAUUUAACUGAUGAAAAAUCUUUAAAAGAUAUUAGAUUUGAAAAUAGUAUAUUUACUAUUUUAAAUCCAAAUUAUAAAUUUGCAGUAUGGGACCAAACAACCAAUAGAUUUAGAGUAAACUUUAAAGUACCUGCAAAUACACUACCAGGAAAUAUAAGUUAUGCAUUGGUACUUGAUAAUACAAACUUAAUUGAUAGUAAUUAUUUAUCCAAUGAAUAUCAAUUAAGAGCAACUUCAAUUAAGGUUGAUAUUUAUGGACCAAUUGUAACCAAAAUCAUAAAACAACAGAAUGGUUGGGUAUAUACAAUCCAAGAUGAAGUGAACGGUUUCAGAGAUGGCUUUUUAAUUGUUAAAGGACUUUUAGAUUCUUCAUUCUACAACAUUACAAUAAGCAUGUCAAAUUUAAUAGAAGGAAGUGGUGAUAAAAUUAUUGGUGAUUACAAAAUUAUAAUACCAUUGGAGUUUGGUAUUGGAAUUAGUAAUUGUAUCACUCAAGAUUAUUUAAUAACUCAAGCAAGUUUAUUCGAUACAUAUGGUAACAAUAAUACAUAUGUUAAACAUUUCGUUCAAGAAUUUUAUGAGGACUCUCAAUUCUUUGAUUCAACUAGUAAUCCAUUUAUUCAUUUCAUUAAUGAUUCAUCACCCUUAAUAUUUAAUUAUUAUUGUAAUGGCGAAUUGGAUAGUUCUCCUCCAAAUUUAAUAUUCUUUAAAACUUCGAGAUCUUCAAUGGAUGUAGGCUCUUUAGAUAGAUCAAUAACAUUCACUUUUCAAGCACAAGAUUUAGAAAGCGGUUUUAAACAAGGACAGAAUCCAAUAGUUUAUUUAGUUCCACAACGACUUGCAAUGGAACAAUGUCAAGCAACACCAACAAUUACCAAUACGACCACUAUAACCUUUUCAUGCACAAUAGAAGUACCAGUAGGUUUUGGAUAUCCUGAAGGUUUCUUAAUAUCUGUUUAUGGCUUUAUUAAUAAUAGAGGAACCUAUAGUGGAUUCUCUUCAAAAGACAUUAAGGAUUUAAAUCCAUUACAACAAGAUUGGUUUGUUUCUACAGAUUUUUCAUUUAAUAUACCAAUAAUAACAUCAGUUUCAGAAUUUACAAACAAAGAUUCAACUCUAUUUAUUUUUGGUAAAAACUUUCGUACAGUUGAUACAGCGAUUAUUUAUAUUUCGAAUGGUAGUGACAUAAAUUUAAAAACAAUAACUAAAACCUAUUCAAGUUUCAUUAAAUUAACAGAGGUACCAUUAAUCGAUAUUCCUUUUAAAUUAUUAUUACUUGAUUCCAAUCAAAUUAACAUUAAAUCAAAUGAAUUUUUAAUUAAUCCAAUAGUUUAUAAUUUUAAUUAUUCUGGUCCAACAUAUACACCAGAACCAACUUUACAACCAACUUUACAACCAACUAUAUCACCAUUACCAACAAAUCCACCUCAAAAAUGUUUAGGAAAUCCAGAAUGUGGAGGAAAAAACAAAGGUUAUUGUCAAAGUGGGUUUGGAUGCAUUUGUUACUCUCCUUGGUAUGGAAUUGAUUGUACUUCAAAAAUUAUUAUUAUCCCAACACCACAAACAAAUACUUCAGGACCAACAGUUGAAAUUCCAAUACCAGGUGGUGGUGGUGGACAAGAAACAAACUCAACAGAAUUUUUAUUUAAAUCAUUGGUAACUUUAGUUUCAAUAAGAGAAUUAGGUUUUAAAGGUGAAGUUAUUAAAACAUUCCCUUUUGAUAAAUGGGUAUUUGAUGAAAUUGAUUUAACAACUGGUAGAUACAAUACAUCAAUAGUUUCUCAAAAUGGUAACGACAUUAAAACCACAAAUAUAACAACAAUUAUUCAAUGGUUUAAUUCAAGCAAAAAUAUAACAUUUGCAGGUCAAGAGCUCCAAAUGAAUCCAUCAUCAGUCAAAUUUACCAUUGAAAUUGAAAAUUAUGUAUUCUCCUCUGCUUUAAAUAAUCUAGAAUUGGUAAUGUUUGCUUCGAUAUUAUCAACAGAUGAAAGUGAUGAUUUUUGUUCAUUAAAACAAUUUGGUGAUACUACAAAUGGUGACAACUCUAACUACAUUAAACUUCAAGUUCAAGAUCAUUCAAUGUAUGGUAGAUUCAUUAAAAGGGCUGUAGUCGAUGACAAUAUUGUUGGUAUUGAAAAUACAUUGUUAGAUGAAUUCCAAAAUACAAUUGCUGAAUCAACAUCUCACUCUACUCAAACUUUUAUUGGAAUUAAAAUUCCACAUUUUAAAAAUAAAGUGAUUAUUGAUCCAGAUUUCUUUGUUUUAUUAGAUAGCGAAUCAGCAUCAGGAGAGAAUUCAAUUUGUUCAAAAUCAAAUGAAUUAUCAGCCAGUAAAAUUGCAGGAAUUGUAAUUGGUUCAGUGUGUUUUGUGGCAGUUGUUAUUAUUUCUAUUGUUUAUGUUUUUAUCAAAAAUGAAAAAUCCAAAAAGUUUAAACAACAAAUACAAAGCAAAUUAAAACAAUUAAAUUAA